AUGACUGACCCACGCCCCUACCACAUUCUGAGCUAUGGCACCCUACUCGGAACCCAAGUGUUCCAGUCUUUUGUUGGUGGUAUUGUAGCAUUCCGCGCUCUUCCGCGGCCACAGUUCGCUACUUUACAAACGGCAAUCUUUCCAGUAUACUUCUCGAUGCAGACUGCACUGCCCAUCGUGGUCGCCCUGACUGCGAGCAGACACGGUCAAGCUCUGGGUCUCUCGGGGCUUGCAGCGCCUGAGAAUCGCUUCAAUACUUUACUCCCAAUGGCCACUGUUGCGAUCACAGGACUGAUCAACAUGUUUGUCCUGCGCCCAUUGACUGUGAAGACUAUGCGAGAGCGCAAGCACCAAGAAACUCGUGAUGGCAAGAAAUCCUAUGAUGCUCCUCCUCAUUCCAAGGAGAUGAUGGCUCUCAACAAGAAGUUCGGCCGGAUUCACGGUCUUUCUAGCUUGGUGAACAUGGUCAGCUUUAUAGCAACUGUCUGGUACGGCGCGAUACUCAGCAAGAGAUUGGAGUAG